AACACGGAACAAAACUGAGAAUAAAUGAAUAUACUGAAGCUGCAGUCUAAUGCUCGAUAUUUCACGAUGAUGUGCUGAAGUGUGCAUUCAUACAGCGGAUCAGCAUAACGCCCAAUAAACCACACUAAGAAUUCAGGUCUUUUGGAGUAGAGCAACAGGUUAUCAUCAUGGGUCUGUUGUCUGACCCGAAUCGCAGAAAGGCCCUGACCAACCUCCUGACCCGCCUCAACACACCCAUAUGUAUGGUGUGCUAUCUGGCAGCCAUAGUCUGGUUCAUGGGUCUGGCGUUUGAGCCCUUCACGCUGCGAACGUACAUGUCAGAAAACGCCAUGGGUUCAACCAUGGUGGAGGAACGGUUCCCAUCUGGAGAACGAGCACUGUCCACUGCCAGAGAGUUUGAUGGUCACAAAAGAAAGGCUGGUGGCAUGCCGGUGGAGUGGUUAGUUAAGACGAUGCAAGCAAGAGGACUGGAGGUGUUCACUCAGAGUUUCUCCCGUAUGCUGCCUUUCCCCGAUGAGAACAAAGAACGUUACAUGGUUCGAGGCACAAAUGUGUAUGGGAUCUUGCGGGCUCCUCGCGCUCCUCGGACAGAGGCACUGGUGAUAAGUGCGCCAUGUAGUCCUGGCAACAGCAACAACCAGGCGGUCGGGCUCCUGUUGGGUCUUGCACAUUAUUUCAGGAAUCAGGUUUACUGGGCCAAAGACAUCAUAUUCUUAGUAAAUGAACAUGACCUGAUUGGUAUGCAGGCCUGGCUGGAGGGCUACCAUCACACUAACAUUACAGGAAUGGAGUACUCGCCCCUGCAGGGCCGGGCGGGGUCGAUUCAGGCUGCCCUCUCAUUGGAGCUCAGCAGUGAUGUCAUCACCAGCCUGGACUUGAUUUUAGAAGGGCUCAAUGGUCAGCUGCCCAACCUGGACCUGGCAAACCUCUUCUACGCAUUCUGCCAGAAGUUAGGAGUUCUGUGCACCAUUCAGGGAAAGCUCCAGAGGAAUGACUGGGACAGUGCGGAGGGCUACACUCAUGCGGCUCAGACCAUGUUGCUGAUGGUGCUGAAACAGGCCAGCGGGCAUUCUUGGGGUGAUCAUGGACUCUUCCUGCGCUAUCACAUUGAAGCUGCUUCUAUUCGGGGCAUCAACAGUUUCAGACAUUACAAGACGGAUGCUACAACCAUUGGCAGGUUGCUGGAGGGAAUGGUCCGUAAACUCAACAAUCUUCUGGAGCGUCUUCAUCAGUCAUACUUCUUUUAUCUCUUACCAUCACUCUCUCGCUUCGUCUCCAUUGGCUACUACAUGCCGGCGUUUGGCCUCCUGGCAGUCAUCUUACUACUUCGAGCGUUGGACAUCUGGGUUCAUCUAGGAACACCAGCUCUUGCGGAGGUGGAUGGAGUUAGUGAAGUGGAACAGGCGUCCAGUCUGGGGGUGUUGUCAGUGUUGACUCCGGUUGUCAUCAGUCACCUGACUGGUGUGGCACUCUAUCUGCUUCCUGUUCAGCUGCAGGAAAUGGCCGUGGAACACUUCCCUGUGUCUGAAACUGAAGCUGUGGUGCUCACUGCCAUUGCCAUCUAUACUGCAGGGCUAGCGCUACCACACAACACACAACGGUUGUUAUCUGGAGAGGGCACGGAGCAGGGCUGGAGAGUGCUGAAACUCACAGCUUUGCUGUAUCUGGCUGUGCUGUUGGGCUGCACAGCCCUCAUUAACUUCUCUCUGGGCUUCAUCCUGGCCAUCACACUGGUGCCUAUCGCCGCUUGCGUCACGCCACACAUGCCUAAAGCUGUGAGCGUGCUGGCCAUGGUGCUUCUCAGUCCUGGCUUCACAAUCCUCUACUCUGUCUUUAUCUACCAGGAGCUCAUAGAAGCUCCUGUCACCAUCAGCGAGGGCUGGAUGCUCUUCCUGUCGGUCAUCUCGCAGGGAGUUCUCGAUCACGCCCUCUACGGCUCGCUCGUCUACCCACUUUUAGCCCUCUUCAUUUACCCCUGCUGGCUAAUGUUCUGGAAUAUUCUUUUCUGGAAGUAACAACAUUUAAGUGUUUGCCGUAGCCGCUGUGGGUCAGCUAUUCUUGAUCCUAAUACCACUGUGUGCCAAAGAUUUAUUGACCAUAAGUGGACAUUAUCUGCCUUGAGGGGUUGAAAGAAAGAAGAUCAGAGAGGAUGUAAGGUGUAAUGCAGGUCCAAAUACAAAGUGGUUAUAGAUUAAACAUUUAAUAAAGAAUUCUUUGGUCAAAGUAUUAAGUGGCAUGGCCAGUUGGGGGAGGGCUUUAUUUCUUGCUUCUGUUGACACAUUUUGGUUAGCAAUUUGACAAAAUAUGACUAUAUGCAUGAAGGCUAGGUAUGUUUUAAAAGGAUGGAAAUAUAGCAAGUAAUGAAUUAAGCAGAAAUGCGAUUCACUGGAAAUGCACUGGAAAUUCAAUAUUGAUGGUUCUGAGUAUGUAUUUAUAAGUUUUAAAUGCCAAAACUUCAGGAAUAUGUUGUGUAUGACAAUACUGGUGGGCACUUCUUCAAAAGACUUAACAUAGUCUGUCUUGAUGAACAUUGAGCAUGAAGCUGAGAAACUUGAUAGGGUACUUCAAUAUUAUGGUAUGACGUCCAGAAAGUUUACAACAGUUACUAGCUACGUUUCCAUCCAAGUUGCGAAUUUAAUUUAUGCGAAAAACCAUAAUAUCGCAAAAUCGAUGCGCGAAUAAAGCGGCUUUUCCAUCCCAUGGGUUUAAAAGUACAAAAUCGUCACUUCUGGAGAAAUUGUUGGCACUGUUACUCGUGGUUUAGAGAACACACUGGGAGCACAAUGUGUGUCCAUCCUUAUGACUUUACCGUGCAGAUCAAUAAUAUAUUUUUCAAAAGUGUCAAUAAACCUGCUUUUUGGCACAGUUCAAGUUUGUAUUCCACUUAUUUGCUCUGCAAACGGAUUUUCAGGACACCAUUAUUUCAGGAUGACCAGAGCAACAUUUCAGAAGUGAUGAUUGGUCCUCGGGUUCGUCCAGUUAUGAAUGAAUUAUUCAGUCACAUGACUUUCUUUGAUGCGCAUCUUGCAUUCCUGUUAAAUUCAAUUGGGGUUUAUUCUGUAAAUGUGUUUCCAUCGUAGUUUAUACGCAUUUCUUCUUAUCGAAUAAACAAUUGAUCCACCAAGCCAGCAUAUUUUUUUUUUUUUUUUUUAUAUUUCAUGUGAACAGUAUCUGAAAUUAUUAUUCUUUUUUAUUUUUAUUUUUUUGUACGAGGGUUGAUGAUACAGAUGUUGUCACUUGAUUGUGUCUGGUAAUUGUGAAGAGCAGAAACAAAAGAAUAAAACCUUUCCAAGUUUCCAAUA